GCGAGCGCCGCGAAGUUACUCGGUCUGUGCUCUGGCCGGGUACCCGUGCUGGCGGCGGGGCGGCGGGAGGAGCGAAGCGGGGCUCCGCGGGCUGAAACCCGAAACCUCCGGCCCCCGAGCGCGGCCGGGAGGAAGGAAGCUGCUGCCGCGGCGGCGACGGAGGCGGGGAGGCGGCUCGGGCCGACCCGGCCCUGAGCUGCCGCGGCGGCCUCUGGGAAGGAGCUGAGUAACCUCACCGAGGAGGCCAGUGACCAAGGGGGCGGCGGCGUCACAGAGUUCAUCGCCAUCGUCAUCAUCACCGUUUUUGUCUGCCUGGGCAACCUGGUCAUCGUGAUCACCUUGUACAGGAAGUCCUACCUCCUUACCCUCAGCAACAAGUUUGUCUUCAGCCUGACCCUAUCCAACUUCCUGCUGUCUGUACUGGUGCUGCCUUUCGUGGUGACCAGCUCCAUUCGGAAGGAAUGGAUCUUCGGUGUGGUCUGGUGCAAUUUCUCAGCCCUCCUCUACCUGCUCAUCAGCUCAGCCAGCAUGCUCACCCUUGGGAUCAUCGCUGUCGACCGCUACUAUGCUGUCCUGUAUCCCAUGGCGUACCCGAUGAAGAUCACAGGCAACCGGGCUGUGAUGGUGCUUGCCUACAUCUGGCUUCACUCCCUCAUCGGCUGCCUGCCACCUCUGUUUGGCUGGUCAUCGGUGGAGUUUGACGAGUUCAAGUGGAUGUGUGUGGCCGCGUGGCACCGGGAGCCUGGCUAUACCGCGUUCUGGCAGAUCUGGUGUGCCCUGCUCCCCUUCUUGGUCAUGUUGGUGUGCUAUGGCUUCAUCUUCCGAGUGGCCAGGAUCAAAGCACGCAAGGUACACUGUGGCGCUGUGGUCACUGUGGAGGUGGGCGUGCAGAGGACUGGGAGGAAGAACUCCAGCACCUCUACCUCCUCCUCGGGCAGCAGGAAGAGCACCUUGCAGGGUGUGGUCUAUUCGGCCAACCAGUGCAAAGCCCUCGUCACCAUCCUGGUGGUCAUCGGUGCCUUCAUGGUCACCUGGGGCCCCUACAUGGUUGUCAUCACCUCUGAGGCCCUCUGGGGGAAGAACUGUGUCUCCCCAACCCUGGAGACCUGGGCCACUUGGCUGUCCUUUACCAGCGCCAUCUGCCACCCUCUGAUCUAUGGACUCUGGAACAAGACGGUGCGCAAGGAACUCCUGGGCAUGUGCUUUGGGGAUCGGUAUUACCGGGAACCAUUUGUACAGCGGCAGAGGACGUCUAGGCUCUUCAGCAUUUCCAAUAGGAUCACAGACCUGGGCCUGUCCCCACACCUCACGGCCCUCAUGGCAGGCGAGCAACCCCUGGGGAACAGCAGCAGCACCGGGGACACUGGCUUCAGCUGCUCUCAGGACUCAGGAACAGAUGUCAUGCUGCUUGAAGACUGCACAUCGGAUGACAACCCUCUCUCCCAUGGCACGUGCCCACCCAAGAGGAGGAGCUCAGUGACAUUUGAAGAUGAAGUGGAACAAAUCAAAGAAGCUGCCAAGAACCCUAUUCUUCACGUGAAAGCUGAUGUGCACAAGUCCUUGGACAGUUACGCAACCAGCUUGGCCAAAGCCAUAGAGGCUGAAGCCAAAAUCAACUUAUUUGGGGAGGAGGCUUUGCCUGGGGUCUUGCUUACAGCUCGGACUGUCCCUGGAAUUGGCUUUGGGGGCCGCCGCGGCAGCAGAACUCUCACAGGUCAGAGGCUGCAGCUUCAGAGCAUUGAAGAGGGGGAUGUUUUAGCUGCAGAGCAGAGAUGAGGGUGGACGCCUGUUACCAUCUGUGCCGGGGCUCUGGGAGCAACAUCUGAUACGCAGUCAUCUGAAAAAACGCCCAAAACAGUGUCUGUAAGUGACUUCCGUGUCUGUGCGAGACCACACGAGGGCUUCCUGUGGAUUCCAGGGAUGGGACCAGAGGCAUCGAGAGCACAAAACAAAGCAGAUGGAGGUGUGGCUGAGACUCUGUGGGAGGUGGGGUUUAGAGGGGUCUAGAGGCCUCGGCUGGGCAGGAAAGCACCACGGGGCCACUUCCUCUUCUUCACAACCGGUGUCCUUGGGAGUCCAGCCAUGCACUCUACCAGAGGCCUCGGGACACUUUGGAGGAUGGCGCUUCCUCUGUGUGGCUGAUGCGGGCUGUGUGGGGCCAUUGGUUCUACCCUAAAUGGUCCCCAGAGGAGAACCCAGGAGCACAAUGCCCCAGACCCAUGCGUCCUGGUUACAGCCUUGCCUCCAGGCCAUCUGCUGAUUCUAGUAGGGACUGUUCCCUGGUUGCUGGGCAGAGGCAGCAGGUCUGGGUCUGUGGUUGCUGAGGAUAGGCCUCCCUAUGGACUGGUUCCUUAGUAUUUUAAAAGAAGGGAGAAACCACUGUAAACAACAGGAGCAAGGAACAGAUACCGGAUGUUUCAUUUCUAGAAAGAAAACCCAUUUGGUUAGGAAGCACCUUCAUCUUCCGCACCUGAACAGGGCCGCGGGGCCAAGCACUGCCGGGAAGCAGAGUUACUGCUGUCGUUAGAGGGAAUCCCCUUCACACAGGGAAAUCCCAUGGGAUAGGUUUCGUAUGUGAUGCCUGAUGUAGUUUAGAUUAGCUGGCCUCCAGGGAAAACCCCCAUGGCCAGCAGCUACUACUUCCUGCCCUGAAUGUUUUAAGAAAGACUUGAAGGAACUCUGGACCUGGCAUCAGGAACUGUGUGCCGGCCUGACUCUGCCUUAGUUACUCGGGCCACUGGGACUCCCUGUCACCUCUGGGUCAUCUGGAAAAUGAGAUGGGGAUUGUGGAGUUGGACUGAAUGGUGUGUGUGUGCUUAGUCAUCCAGUCGUGUCUGAGUCUUUGUGGUCCCAUGGACUGAGUGGUGGCCAGGGUCCUUUCUAACCCUGAUCUUUGAUGUUCUCUGAAUUUGUUAGGGGGAAAAAAGUGACCCAUGGAUCAGUAUCUGCACAGCUUCUGGGUGUCAUGUCUGAUGGGCAUGUGAAACACUUCAGGCCUGAUGUGUGGGCUGAUCCAGUGUGUCCGUUUAGAGCACAGUCCUGACAGGAUGCCGACCAGCAGGACACAUAAAUGGGUGCAGAGGGCGUGUCCUCAGAGGUGGAAAGUGGGGCCACGGACUGACACGCAUGUGGGAUCUCUCCCCGCCCCCUUUGAGACGGGAUGGCAGCUGAAUGUGUGGGCUUGCAACAGUGGCUGUGGUGACUUGAACCACCUGUUCCUGCCCUUCAGCCUAGAUGACAGCAGCCAAGUACAGGUCUUUCCCUACUUCUGAAUUCCAGGUGGUCAGCAGAGGAUACAUUCUGAGGAGAUCUCCCACAUCUGUUAUGAGGCAGCCGUUCCAGAAAGUGCAUCACCUUUGCAGUGUUUCACUGUGGUCUAACUAGUUCUCCAGGAGGCAGUGUGUCUUUGCUGCGUGACAGAGACCAGUGGUUGGCUGGUCCCUUUGUCUGUAGUUUACAAAAGAGUUUUCCUUAGACCUGGGGGCUGCUACCUUCACAGUGAUCAAAUUCAUCCAGUCUGCAUUCUGGAUGGGAGAGGGAAGAAGCAGAGGGCAGUUUCACCUGUGGAUUCUGCUGAGGUGAUGUGCAGAUCAGUCAGAUUCUGCUCUCACUACUGGCUGGCAUUCGUAAAUCUGAGGGCAUUUUUGCUUUCUGUAUUUUUUCCUACCACUUGUCCUUAUCCAGUUUCUAGAGGGACCAUAUUCUGGUAUGCUCUGGGUGGGAACAGGGCAGGAACCUAGGAUGACCCCCCCCCGCCCCAACCCCAUCUGCCCCAUCAGACCAUUUGAGUGCAACGAAGCAGCCAGGAGUUGGAAAGUACCUUCCCUGGACUGUACUUGGCUGGGCGCAAAGGAGCAUCCUGAGACCUCCCAAGUCGUCAUAGGCUGAUCCCAGACUAGCUGGGAUACACUAGAUCUCAUCUAAGCCAAUCUAGAAAUACUGUGCUUCCCCAAAGCUUUCUCUGCAUUUCCUCUUUUGUACUGAAGUCCAUUCAUCUACCAAGCAGUGCAUAUCUAGCGUGUGCAAGGCAUCAAGCUAGGCUCUGUAAUAACAUUAAAGUGUUCUCACUCUAAUGUAGGAAGAGACCUAGAGGAGACUGAGGCUAAUAAACAGCAAAGUCAAGUAAUGGUUCUAGAAAGAACUGCAGGCUCUAUAGGGAGGUGAAUAUUCCCAAUUAGAAUGAGUUAGCGGUAGCACCCUAUAGGAGGUGACUGGGCCAAGACUUGGAGGAUGUCUAGCAGCUAGAACCAUAUUCUGCAUAUUUAGGAAUUCAAAUACUCCUUAUUCAGCCUGAGUGAGAAGGGAGUGCAAAAGGAGGCAAGUGGGGAGAGGACAAAGAUACACUCCCUGUACACUGAGGUUUCUGGGAGGCAGUUUUGGGGACACUUGUCCUUAGUGCACAAAGUCAAAACCCCAGCUGCCCUUGCUGAACGCUGGCCCAUUAGCUUUAUUCAGCUGUGCAGCAGCAAUCUAAGGCCUUCCUGAGGGGGCAGUGUGGGGAGUGAUAGGUGGGACAUUUGGCCACUUAACAUAAAAACCUCAGUUCUGCAUCUUCUAGUUUUGACAGGACCACCUGUAGGACUGUUGCCCAUCUCUGCUUCUUUCAUCGAGGUUACCACUUGACUAAGUACCCCCCAUGCUAUCUCCCAGAUACCAGGGCCGGGGGCUAGUAUGACCUGGAAGGCACGAAGUCCCACACUGCCAAGCACACAGGUCACUGCCGAGGCCUUUCCCAGGCACCGAUUCAGGGCCUUCGACCCCAGGUGGCAGCAGUGUGGCUGUGGCGCCACUGGCCGUUCCCAGCGGCAAAGAGUCGAGGAUAAAGCUGAAGGCUUGUUUGCUCCUGGCUUAGAACACCUCCUCUAAACUCCAGGUCUCCACUGCUCUCUGCCUUUAAGGACCACCCAGCUAGCUUGCUUACACUGCUCAGCUGUGUGAUCUUAAAUCCCUGCUGUAGAAAUGGGGUUGAGGAAUGUAAGAGAAGGGCCAUAUGGUGCUAAUGUCGCUAAUGUUAUUUGAUUCUCAUUUAAGGAGCUGCUGUGUAGUCUCUGAGCAACUGUCGAGACUAACUCAAGUAUUUGCGAUAGGACAAGGAAUCCUGGGGUGGACAGGACAGGAGAGGGAGGAAAAGGGCUUUGAUACAGUGAGAGAUAAGAAAGCUCUCUUAAAAGUGAACAAUGCAAAGAAAUAGAGGAAAACA